AUGGCCAACAAGGACGCCUCUGACUCGGCAGACGGCCUACUCAUACCAGUCACUGUCCUUGUCGUUAUUGGAGCCGUGCUCGGUGGUGUCCUUGGUAGUCGAACCGCCGAAAACAAUAAUGGUAAAAGUUCGUUCAGCAGCAGCGCCAGCCUUGAUGGGAACAGCCAGUCAGACCCCAGCGCUGCAGCGAGCGCAGAGAAAGCUAUUGGAAUUUUCGCGACGGCAACCGACAGCUAUUACAUGGUUCCGCUUUAUCCAUCUACUACCAACACAGCAGCCUUCACCACGCCUACUAUCAUUGCUACCACCGAUCCAAAACUCUCUUGGCCCAAAGAUUCUUUCGCACCGUCUAAUCCUAGCGCUAUGUCCCUUAGAAGUGACCGCCCUCACCUCAUUUCCCCCGCAUACAAGUUGAACGCCCUUCCUACGUUGAUUCAAAAUGACUUGUAUCUCAAGCAAUGGAAUGACACUAUCUUUGGAAAUGCUACGAGCUAUCACACCCUCCCGCCCGUGGUAUAUCAUAUGGAUGGUGCCACUCCUCACGACGCCCGAGAAAUCAAGGCCUUCGCCUACGCGUACCGUAUGACCAAUGAUACCAAGUGGUCUGAUCGUUGUUGGCUAGAACUGAAGACCGAUGACCAGAAGGCCCAGAUCAGGUUUACCGUGAACAAGCACGGGUUGUCUUUGGGUGUUGCAGCGUUCAAUGAUGCUACCGUCUCUUACGGUUGGUGGAAGGAUAACGUUGAUAGCAAUUGGAACUGUGUCUGUAACACUGGUUUGACAUUGGCGUCGCUCGCAAUCCUUGGCGACGACACGGAAGGAUAUGCCAAUACUCUUCUGGGCCUCACUAUUCUAAACGCCGUGCAGAAUUGUGCCAAAGGUGUCUCUGACGAUGGAACAUGGGCAGAGACUCCCAACUACUGGUGCUUCGGGACUACCGGCCUUGCAGAGAUGGCUUCGUCCCUUCUCACAGCAACGGGCUCAGACUACGGCCUAUUAUCCUCCAACUCCGAUUUCGUCAAAACUGGCAACUUCCAUAUGCACCUGGACUCGUUUUUCAGUAACGAGCUGGAUCAAUGGGUCACUAUGAGGAACAGCUGGACGGAUAUCAAAGCGUUAUACGUGGCUAUGAAAGCAGGCCUAAAUCAAGGUCACCAGACCCACAACGAUCUUGAUGUUGGCGAUUUCGUUAUAGACGCCCUCGGGACCCGAUGGGCUGGAGAGUUGGGAUCUGGCGAUUAUCUAGCACCUAACUACUUCAGCAGCGAUGCUCAAGACAGUGAUAAAUGGAAGUAUUAUAGAAAGAUGACCGAAGGACAGAACACUAUCUUGAUCAACCAAGCUAAUCAGCUCGUUACUGCUAAACCGACCAUUACCAGAAAUGGAACGACCGGUAGCAAGCAAGGUUCAAGUACGGUCGUGUCGCUUGAGGAUGGUUCAACAGCUUUCUGGGUAGCCGACAUCAGCAGUGCCUACAGUGAUGCUACUUCUGUUCAGCGUGGUGUACGAAUGAUCAAUCAGCGGAAGCAAAUUCUCAUCCAAGACGAAAUUACGUCGACCGCUGGGAUCCAGUGGCGUAUGCACACCAACGCCACCGUCACCACUAACGGUGCAUCUGUGACUCUCGUUCGUGAUGGCAAAACUAUUGACGUUUCCAUUCUGAGUCCUAGCGGCGCUACCUUCACGACUUCGGCGGCCAAGCGAUUCGACACAGACCCUACACCUCCUGCACCGGACCAGGACAAUCCUGGGAUCCCCGUGUUGUUCAACCCUGAGUGGAACGAUGGUACUCAGUUCAAGACUCCUAGCGGGGUAGCUUUGGAUGACUGGUCUCUCACCAGUCAUAAUUGA